CUCUAUCAAGACGUUUUGUAUGAAAUGCAGUCUUUUAAGAAGCAUUAACUUUACGUGUCAGUAUCUCUCUUUAAGAUGAACUUUCUAAAUACAAACUCAAAUUGCAUUGUCUUAAAUUGCGUUUGCUUUUAUUCUCUUAACUUGAUGUACCGUCAUGUGUACACGCACACGGUUUCACAACGUCUUCAGCUUCUACUCUGGAGGAGAACGAGUUGGUUAGUGGACCUAGAGUUAUAUAUUCCACAGAAAACCUGUACAAUGACUGUCAUGUUUUUUUUCUGUUAUAAAUACAUUUAUCAAUACACCAAUAUACAGGACAAACCAUCAGCAUCUUUUCUUUUUCUAAUCGUUCUUACGAGUUCAUCCUGUACAAUGAUCUCACCAUAACUUGAAUUAGCAGAAGUUCUGGGGCAGGGCUUAGCAAGCACUUCACCUCGGGAACCCCAAAAUGAACUUUUCUAGAGGAUGGAGACCCCCACUGUCCCUAUUUUAGUAAGUUUUUGCAAAAAAGGCGAAAAGCAGAACAUAUAAUCUCCAUGUAUAAACUGAAGGACUGAGUGGACAUUCACAAAGUAAUAAACACACAGGUCUAUGUAUUUUAAAUUCAGCUCCUUUUUUGUAUUUUUGUAUCGACCCCUCUCAGUGUCUCACGACCUCCCAGGGGGUCACAUCCUGCACUUUAGGAACCUAUUUUCUGGAGGUUUUUUAAAAAUCUAAUCACAGUCUCUCACAGCUGUUAUGUUUGCUCUGUUGAUUUUUUUUUGUUGUCUUCGCUGAGAUCUCGCCUUUUCCCUUAAUCACAGGUGUCAUCGAGCACAGUGCGAGCUCUCCCAGCUGUUGUACCUCUGCGCUCUCCUCAUGUUGACUCUCUCUCUGCUUUAACAAUAGAAAUCUUCACGGUUAAAAAGGCUUUGCUGAGAUGGAGAUGAAGGCAAACGGCCAUGGACGCCCUGAGGGUUCUCGCCUUCUUCACUCUUAUCGGUGUUUCCAGCAGUCAGAAUCAGACUAAAGACUGCUCAUACUUAACCCUUCUGACCCACCUGCAGCUGACACCAGCCAAUGACGCGCUACAAAUCAUGCGCCCCGUGAAGAACUGGAAAAACCCCACCACGGUCGGGCUGGACAUGUUGAUAUUCGGCAUUUUAAACGUGGAUGAAAAGUAUCAAACUGUCGAGAGUCACAUCUGGAUCCAGAUGAGUUGGAAGAAUGAGUAUCUGUCCUGGAAUCCUUCAGACUUUUGUGGGAUUAACAUGCUGACCGUCCCGAAAUCGAGACUGUGGCUUCCAGAUAUCUACAUCCAAGAGGACGUCUCGGACACUGGGAGUAUCCAAAACAGUAAACUUCUUAAAUUGUUGAGCAACGGUGUCGUGAUUGCAGACUCGCGGCAGCGGCUGACCUCCACCUGUCUUCUCGAUCUCAACCUGUUUCCCUUCGACGCGCAAAAAUGUGAACUCACAUUUGCAUCCAUGAACUGUUUUGAGAAUGAAAUAUUGCUGGGAACACAAAGCAAUGAGUCAUUCCUUUAUAGAAUCUCUGACCAGCUCAUGGUUACACAGGGAGAAUGGGAACUGGAUAACAUGACAAUAAGGAGUGAAUCCAUAAAAAAGGAAGGUGUAGUGCAAGCCAGACUUGUAUACACGGUUUUAAUUUCCAGGAAGCCAAUGCUUUAUGUGAUCAAUUUUAUCGUGCCGCUGUUCUACUUACUGGUCCUGGAUUUGGCCUCCUUCUUCAUCAAUCAGUCCAGUGGUGAAAAGCUGAGCUUCAAAGUGACCAUUCUGCUCGCCAUCUCCGUCUUACUGCUCAUUCUUCAGGACAUGUUGCCGUCUACUGAGUCCAACAUGCCAUAUAUUGCCAGUUACUGUGUUGCCGUCUUCGCUCUGGUGGGGAUCAGUGUUCUGGAGGCCAUGUUGGUGGGCUUCCUAUAUGACCUGGAUAGUUACUGUGCCAGUAAGCGUGGAUGCUGUGCUGAUACCAAGGAGGAGGUUGAACUGGAAGAUGGCUGCCAAAACGAGCCCUCUGGAGGAGAAGAGGACAUCCAGAUGAAAGAGGAGAAAAGUUUUCUUCCUCUGGACGGUCCCGACGUUCGAAACAUGCUGAAAGGAAUUCUUGAAGAAGUGAAGGCCGCUCGACAACAAGCCAGCAGACAAGGAGAAGAGGAAAAGAAGCCCGGAGGUUACAAAAAAAUAGCAGAGAUCCUCGACCAUUUGUUCUUUGUCUUCUAUUUAUUAACGGUUGUUGUCUUUCUAACGUACAUGUGUAUAGUGUGGUUCAGCAAAAUCUUAAGAUAAUGUGUGACAGUGUAUGCUUUGAUGGAUAAUAACUAAAUAUCAGGUGGCUAUAAACAUUGCUUAACAUAUAAAGCAACAAGAAUACUUGAAUUGAGUCUUCUUGAGUUGUGACUUCUACAUAUUCUUUAUUUAUUAUUCAUAAAGGGGUAACAAUAUCUAUUAACCUUUUAGACAUAAUGAAAAUACAUGUAAACUGCAGAUCAUGAAAUUAACGUAUUUACAGCUGGGUAAAAAUGUCAUGAUUACUGGAUGAAAAUAAAGUUGUAUUGUGUUUAUCUUGGUAGUUUUGUGAACCAGAGUUCUUAUGACAUGUUACAUAUUUAAAAAACUAUUCUGUAAAAGAGGACGGAGGCUUAAAUGUCAUAUCUUACCUCUAAUAUCCGAACAUAAUCCCGACAUACCAGCUCCCUUUUCUGCACAUUCCUGGUCAGCUUGUUAAUGGUGCUUUUUUUCCUUUACUUCACAGCCUCUGCAUAAUCUUCCUGAACCCUUAACUCUCUAGAACAUGAAAAAUGAAAUAACCCUUCCCCUAUAAUGACCAAUUCUCUUGUGUUCUGAUUUGCAUUGGCAGUCAGCAAACUUUUACUUUUACUGUAUUAAAAGAUGCAGCUCAGAAGAAAUGUCUUACAUAACAAGCUAGGAAAAGAAUCACGUAAACCUAAUUUCUCUGGACCUCUUUUAGAGAUUUGGUUUAAAAAUGUUGAAUGGGAGGAUGAAAUGGUUCCUUAUUUUAGUUUGAACGGGUAUACGUGUAUUUAUGUAAUAAACAAUAAAUUGCUUAAAAUUU